AUGAGGGCGUCGCCGGUCCCAUCUGCAUUCCGGGUGCACUUGACGGCGAUAUCCAAGUCGCCUUCCACCAGGAUCGUCAAGGUCGGUAUCCGAGCUCAGAGCAGUGCCGCCGAUGUUCCAAUAGCUCCUGAACAGCCAAGGCAUAAACGGCCCUCGGAUAAAUUGACAAUAUUCACUCAACCCCGUGCUACAAAGAGAUCUGUUCUGGAGAAAAUCCGCAGCAAACUUUCCGUUGGCCCUUCCGAACCGGGCCAACCAGAGCGGGCAGCUGUUGUCCUUGCAAGUCCCAGGCAUGCCUCGUGGCUGACCGAGAACGGCUUCACUGCUGAACUGGUCCACGCACUUCACGGGCCAUUUGAGCAAGACGAAAAAUUUCACUUGCUGGCUGCAGUGGUCGAUGGACUCUGCGCUCGAUCACCCAGCCGUGAGCUUCAGGAGGGCAUCUCGAUCCAUGUUGGGCGCCUAGAUGGCCUGCUUCCUGGUUUGUGGGACACCACGAGCCCCGCGGAUGAAGCACAAUCGCUGUCCCGCUCGCUGGGAGACUCAGAACUACCGUCAAAUCUGUCAAUAUUGCUCCCACAAAAGAUGACUCGCAAAGACGCUAGGAUAUCAGUGACGUUGCCGCUUGCGAAUACACUAUUCUCCAAUGGCAGAAGGUCAACGCUUCUGGCAUCCGAGUGGACACUUGCAACAGGUUUUUCCAACACUCGCGCCGAGACGGUCAGGACCGUUGAGAAACGCACCCAGGUCAUUGACCUUCCGGCUUCGAUAUUGUUUGACAAAGUUGACAUGCGGGCACCCUUAGUGCCCAUAACGCAGCCACGGAAGAUCCUGGAGGGACUGGGAAAUAUCCUUGCAAAGGUUGAAGUCGCCGGAGAGCCGCAACCUGCCUCUAUGGAGCUACAGACCAAUAUCCAUCGCUUGUUUUAUCGUUCAUUACAGGGUCGUUAUCUGGGAUCGGCGUUGGGCAAACUGGCCUUUGAGAUGUCAACCGACAGUGAGCGUUUAGCUUGGGAAAACGAGACUGUUCUCCGGAACGCCUUUUUUGAAGGUGCCCGACUACAUAAGAUACUGGGCGGCGGUGGUGAAUGGGGUGCCAAAGCCAGUCUUCUGUCCCUGGAUCCUAAGACCAGUCACACUCCGCAGUCCGAGGCGGAUGAGCUGGACAAGUUCAUGAGAUCCUUCCACGGCGAAGAAAACGCCAAGGAUUCCAUCGCGCAGCCCGGGGACUUUGUGCAGUUCUUCGUAGAGAGAGAUGGCAAACAGAUGCCUCCAGAGAGGCAUCACCAUCUCAAGGCACGAUCAGACUACCCCCCGGUGAAGUUCGGUUGUGGGGACAUGCACAUGGGGGAUAUUGACCGACCUGACAGCAUCAUCAUGAGUCGGCGAGUUGAUCGAGGUCACACUGAACAGCUCUAUUUCGAUCAUUUUGGAGCACAUAGCGCAGAGGGCAUUUACGUGUCAUCCGGUGAGAUCGGCCCAAAUACCAAGAUUGAUGUCCCUGGCGCAUCGGUGAGCAUGACAACAGUCAAGGGCUCCGAGGCAGCCUACCGUCCAUUCGUGAGAUUGUAUCAACACCGAGAAAAGCAGUAA